AUUAACCCUGAAGUAUGGUAUAGUCCUGACAGUGCCGGAAGACUGGAAAUUACUCCCUUUAAAGUAACAAUUAGAAACCCGGAGAUUCCAGUAAGAAUAAAACAGUACCCGAUGUCCUUGGAAGGGAGAAAAGGGUUGAAACCAGAGAUUGACCGACUAAUCAGUCAAGGAUUGUUGGAACCUUGCAUGUCUCCUUAUAAUACUCCAAUUCUCCCUGUAAAGAAACCAAACGGGUCCUAUCGCCUAGUACAUGACCUGAGGGAAAUAAAUAAGAGAACAAUAGCUAGAUUUCCGGUGGUAGCAAACCCUUAUACAUUAUUGAGUAAACUAAGCCCGGACAACCACUGGUAUAGUGUAAUAGACCUAAAGGAUGCCUUUUGGGCUUGUCCCUUGGAUGAGGCAAGUAGAGAUUACUUUGCCUUUGAAUGGGAAGAUCCAGAAACUGGAAGGAAACAACAACUCAGAUGGACAGUAUUACCCCAAGGAUUUACAGAAUCCCCGAACUUAUUUGGACAAGCCUUAGAACAAAUUCUAGAGAAUUACCAGACAGAUGCUGGAGUAACCCUGAUACAAUAUGUAGAUGAUUUAUUAUUAGCAGGAAAAGAAGAGGAAGAAGUAAGAAGAGAAAGUAUAAGGCUUUUAAAUUUCCUGGGACUUAAAGGUUUAAAGGUUUCAAGGGCUAAAUUACAGUUUGUGGAAGAAGAAGUAAAGUAUUUAGGGCACUAUUUGAGACGGGGUGAGAAAAGAAUAGACCCAGAAAGGGUACAGGCUAUUUUAUCAUUACCAAUACCCAAGAAUAAGAGACAAAUCAGGCAAAUCUUGGGUUUAACAGGGUACUGUAGACAGUGGAUUGAAAACUACAGUAGCAAGGCCAGAUUCUUGUAUCAAAAACUGACUCAGGAUGGAUUGAUGAAAUGGACUCAAGAGGAUACUGAAAAUUUGAAGGAACUGAAGGAAAGUUUAGUACAUGCCCCUGUUUUAAGCCUCCCUGAUUUAAAAAGACCCUUUUAUUUAUUUGUCAAUAUAGAGGGAGGAGUUGCCUUCGGGGUACUUACCCAAGAAUGGGCAGACAAAAAGAAACCUGUAGCGUAUUUAUCAAAACUUUUGGACCCCGUAAGCAGAGGAUGGCCCACAUGUUUACAAAUAUUGGCUGGAUGCGCCUUACUAGUUGAAGAAGCUAAGAAAAUUACCUUCAACAGUAGCCUUAAGGUUUACUCUCCCCAUAAUAUCAGGAGUGUAAUGCAACAGAAAGUGGACAAAUGGAUAUCUGAUGCUAGGCUCCUAAAAUAUGAAGGGAUUUUACUAGAAGCACCAAAUUUUACCCUAGAAACAACUGCAAUUCAAAAUCCAGCUACCUUUUUGUUCGGGAGCAUAGAGCAAGAACCUUUAACACACAAUUGCUUGAUAACUAUUGAGGAACAAACCAAGAUCAGGCCUGAUCUGGAAGAAGAAGAAUUAGAUAAAGGAGAAAGGUUGUUUGUAGAUGGAUCCUCCCGGGUGAUAGAGGGGAAACGGCAAUCAGGGUACGCCAUCAUUGGGGGCAAAGGCUUACAAGUAGUGGAAUCAGGGGCCUUGGAUAAAUCUUGGUCAGCACAAGCCUGUGAACUGUACGCCAUCCUUCGGGCUUUAAAACUUUUAAAAGGAAAAGAGGGAACAAUAUAUACUAAUUCUAAAUAUGGGUUUGGGGUAGUACAUACCUUCGGAAAACUAUGGGAAGAAAGGGGACUAAUCAACUCACAAGGGAAGGGAUUAGUUCACCAGCAAUUGAUAGCUGGGGUAUUGCAAGCCCUGAGGGGGCCAAAAAGGAUAGCUGUAGUACAUCUGAAAGGCCACCAAACAGGAACAGACCUCAAGACUAGGGGUAAUAAUGCAGCAGAUCAGGAGGCAAAACGGGCAGCAGCAAGGGAAAUGGUUUUAAGGGAAAACUCAGGAGAGCAAGAUAGACAAAGGGGGUGGAAGCACAGUCCUACCAUCUGCAUUGCACUGAUCCAGACUGCACUGGAAAAGGGUGAGGCUCCAGAACAUGUGCAGUACGUCAGUGACAUCACUGUUUGGGGGGACACAGUGGGAGAAGUGUUUGAGAAAGGAGAGAAAAUCAUCCAAAUUGUCCUGAAAGCCGUUUUUACCAUCAAGAAGAACAAAGUUAAGGCACCUGCUCGAGAGAUCCAGUUCAUGGGACUCUCCCGAUUUGUUGAAAGUUGUGCCUUCCCCUGCGACCUGCCCCCACAUCUAGCCAGGGAAAGAGAAGCGGCAGUUACUCAUAAGAACAAUUUCCAGUGGGGCCCUGAACAGCAACAAGCCUUUUCCCAGAUCAAGCAGGAGAUCAUUCAUGCAGUAGCUCUUGGCCCAGUCAGGACAGGACCAGAUAUGAAGAACAUUCUCUACUCCUCAGCUGGGAGCCAUAUCCCACCUCUCCUGCGUCCCACCCAGCGCAGCACCAAAGCCAGCAGCUCUGACCUGACCCUCCGCUGCGAGAGACAAGACAGCCUGUGCAGCGUGGCAACAGCUGUCGUCCUGGUGACAUGA